AUGGCUUGGGUAGAAUAUUGGUAUAACACCUCUACCCAUUCAGCCACAAAGUGUACCCUGUUUCGAGCACUCUAUGGCGGAGAUCUGCCUCCUUUAAUCAGAUUUCCAGUGCGUACCUCACUUGUUUCAGCAGUAGACACCUUAUUGGAAGAUCGAGAUGCCAUCCUUGAUGAUAUUCGCAUGCACCUUCUUCGAGCACAACAACGAAUGAAACAACAAUAUGAUCAACAUCGACACCAUGAGGAGUUCAAAGUAGGAGACUUGGUCUAUCUCAAGCUGAGACCUUACAGAGAGCAGUCCUUGGAAAAAAGAUGCGAUGAGAGGCUAGCUGCCAAUUUUUAUGGUCAUUUUAAAGUAAUAGCGAGAGUUGGGGCAAUAGCCUAUAGGCUUGGCCUUCCAGCCACCUCCACCAUUCACCCCGUUUUUCACAUCUCCCAGCUCAAAAAGGCUCACGACUCUGCACUGUCUUCAGCCACCUUGACUCCUUUGUCCCCUAAUUUAGAGUUACAAGUAGAACCUGAAGCGUGCUACAAGUCAGGCAACAAACCAACCAAGGCUUGGGUAACUUUGAAGUUCUCAUCAAAUGGAAGUCCUUCUGGAAUUUGA